AGCGGCACUGUUUCUAUGGCGGGAGGGCAGCGCGGGGCGCGUGCGCGCGCGCGUCACUCCAAAGCGCCCAUUCGCCUGCGGAUUGAGAGUGGCGCGCAGGAGUCUCGCCUGCGCCUGCGCGCGAGAGUAAUACCCGAUAGGAUUCCUUUGCAGGAGUUAGGAAAUGGGUGUGCGCAGCUGCCUCUUAAAGGGACAGAAUCCUCGAGUAAAAGGGGAAGUCGCCUGAGCGCCAGCCUGGAGGGCAGUAGAGAACAGGACGGAGGGCUGACCAUGGUCACCUGCUCCCUGCUGGGCUCCCUGCGUGUCUGCCUGGAGCGACACCCACCUCUGGUCACCUUCUUCUUUUGCCUCCUUUCGUUGGCUGUUGCCUUUGUUGGUUUUGCUGCCUACAUCCAGUCACAUGAUGUUCAGAAUCCCGAUGUCAAAGAGGACUGGAAUUCUCUGCUAAAGUCUCUGGCACACUUAAUGUUCUGUAUCCCAAAUGAGACGCAGGAAAGUGCCUUGACACCAGCUCCCUUCACAACCACUGCUGAGACCCCUACAACAGUCUCUGUCAUGGUUGCCUUGACCUUUGACCUCCACAAUGGCACAGAUCCUCCCAAUGGUACACGCCUAGGUCUGACAGUCACUGGGGAAAAACUGGGUCUCAAAGGUCCAGAUGCCCAGGAAUCAAUCCACUUCCUGACUAUCAUCACGAACUCAGUCUCCCAUGAGAACUGCCUUAGCAUCACUGCACCUUCAUCCCUUCUCCCCAAGACCAGACAACCACCUAAAUGUGUGAUAGAGGAAUGGGACAUGCACCAAGAAGAGACAGGAAUUUGUUACCAGCCACAUUACCAGGCUAAUCCUGCCCUGUCCAGCAUGCUGGAUCAGGCGGAUCGUGCCCUCUGCAGCCAGCGGCUCCUGAUGACCAGUGCUUUCCUUCUCUGCCUCUGUGCCAUGCUAUGUUGUGCAGCUGGCCUGUGCUAUCCUAACCCCAGAGACAAGUGGGGGCAAAUCUAAGCGGGUCCAGCAAAUGCCGGACCUGUACUGCAGCAAAGCCAGGUAGCCUGCCCAUUUGCCCUGCUUUCUCCAAGCACCUGGAUCAUGCAACGAUACCAUAUUUCAGAUCUGAAAUUAGCCCAUGUACUGUUGUGACAGCUGAGCUGUGAAUAAGAGUUUAACUGCUAUCUUGGUUCACUGUGGGGUGACUGUAUGAACCCCUAUGAGAGCGGAUGGUGCAAUAAAUAACAUACAAAUGA